AUGGGAGGCAAAGACAGUAACCCUCUGAAGAGGCUUGGCUUCAAGAGGACCAACACUGCAGGCGACCCCGUCACCACCACCACCACCGAGCUCAACGACUUUACCGAUGGCGAGCCUACCUUCUCCAAGCUCGAUGCGGAAUUCGCGGGCGAGAUGAAACACGAUCAUUCCGACACGCUUCGAAACCUCUCCGAGGUCGAGGCCAACCGUCGCCUUCGCGCCUUCCGAGAGGACCAUAGAUUCGACCCCAACUUGCCGGAUGUCGCCCAAGGCGCCAUCGAAGAUGCCACUCGCAGGCACAGUCUCAAGGAUGAGGCGGUCCUGGUCAAUGAGCUGGUCGAAGACUCGCCGUAUCCCGAAGUACGUCCCCCGCAUGCAUGCCUCAGGUAGCGAGAAGUGCAUAUGCAUAUACUGACUGUUGCAUGAUCUAGGUGCGUGCAGUCGUUCGCAACUAUGACCAGGAGGUUCCGACCAGCACCAUUCGCGCGUGGACUAUCGGCUUGCUGUUCACCACCGUCGUUUCCGCAGUCAAUGGUUUGUUCUAUCUGCGAUACCCCGUCAUCUCCAUCAGCCCGUACGUCGUCCAGCUUCUUUCGUACCCCAUCGGCGUCGCCUGGGCCAAAGUCAUGCCAGAUCGCGAGUUCUCCGUCUUCGGUCUCAAGGCAAACCUCAACCCCGGACCAUUCAACAUCAAAGAGCAUGUCAUCAUCGUCGCAAUGGCCAAUGCUGCAUUCGGUGGCGGCACCGGGUACUUUGUCGACACCGUCGUCUCCAUCAAGAAGUUCUACAACAUCUCGAGCUUCGGAUGGGGCUUCAACAUCUUGUUUGCCCUGUCCACGCAAUGUCUGGGCUUCGGUUUCGCCGGCAUGGUUCGCCGCUGGCUCGUCGAGCCGGCUGCCAUGAUCUGGCCUGCCGCCUUGGUCAAUGUCGGCUUCAUGUACGCCCUACACGACCACAGCCCUUCCGACCCCGCGCAGACUCACGGAUGGUCCAUCUCCCGGUACAGAUGGUUCAUGUACGUGAUGAUCGUCAUGUUCAUCUGGCAGUGGUUCCCCAACUUCAUCUUCCCGGCCUUGAGCUACUUCGCCUGGGUCACCUGGAUCAGACCAAACGGCGUCCUCGUCAAUUCGCUCUUCGGCCAGACUACCGGAGUCGCCCUCGCAUUCCCCUUCACUGGCUUCACGCUCGACUGGGCGCAGAUCAAUUCCUUCUACGGCAGUCCUCUGAUCGCUCCUUGGUUCGCCCAGGGCAACAUCCUCGUCGGCGUCAUCUUCCUCAUGUGGAUCGUCGUUCCUGCUCUGCACUACACGGGCACCUGGUACGCGGAAUACCUGCCCAUCAGCCAGAACGGCAUCACCGACAACCAAGGUCAUACCUACAACAUCUCACGCAUCCUCACGCCGGAACAUACUGUGGAUCCGUCGGCGUAUGAGGGUUACUCGCCCCUCUUCUUGUCCACCUCCUUUGCCUUGACGUAUGGCGUGAGCUUUGCCACCAUCUCUGCCAUCGUAAGCCACACAUAUCUCUUCCACGGCCCCGAGAUCUGGCGGAGAUGGAAGGCGGCCAAGGGCGAGCUCGACGAUAUCCACAUGAAGCUCGUGCGCAAGUACAAGCUGGUGCCAGACUGGUGGUACCUGGUCCUUCUCUUGGUCAUGAUCGGGUUCGCCUUCGCAUCUGCGUGUGCAUACCCGACCGAAAUGAAGGCUUCUUCGAUGGUGCUCGCCCUGGUCAUUUCCUUCGUCUGGCUCAUCCCCAUCGGCAUCAUCCAGGCCAUGACCAACAUCCAGCUGGGUCUGAACGUCUUCACCGAGUUCAUCAUCGGUUAUCUCCAGCCCGGUCAUCCGAUCGCCAUGAUGCUGUUCAAGACAUUCGGAUACAUCACCAUGACACAGGCCCUCUACUUCUGUCAAGAUCUCAAACUGGGGCACUACAUGCAUGUACCGCAGCGAUCGCUCUUCACGGCUCAGAUGGUCGCCACCAUCUGGUCCUGCUUCUGCCAACUGGGCGCCGUCGAGUGGGCCCUCGGACAGAUCAAAGGCAUCUGCACUGCCGAAGCUUCCAACUACUUCACCUGCGACUACAUCAAGACCUUCUACAACGCUUCGGUCAUCUGGGGUGCCAUCGGUCCCAAGCACAUCUUUUCGGGCGAUGCCAUCUACAAGGACUUGCAAUGGUUCUGGCUCAUCGGCUUCUUCGCACCCUUCAUCUUCUACGGCCUGGCACGCAUGCUCCCCAAGCAGACGAUCUGGAAGAAGGUCAACAUACCAGUCAUGCUCAAUUCCAUGGCUUACAUUCCCCCUUACACCGCGAUGAACAUUCUGGCGUAUUGCUCCGUCGGCUGGUUCUUCAACAAGUACAUCAAGGACCGGUUCCGAGGCUGGUGGAUGCAGUACAACUACGUCACAUCGGCCGCGCUCGAUGUGGGAUUGGCCAUCUGCGCCAUCAUCAUCUUCUUCUGCGUGCAGCUCCCGGGAGGCACGAUGACGAACUGGUGGGGAACGACGGUCAUCAACACGGCCGACUAUGAGGGUACGGCUGUGCAGAAGACUGUCAGUGGCGAUGACUAUUUCGGACCAAGGACUUGGAAAUGGUAA